GAUGAGGAGGUCAUCAGUGGCGUUACUCUGGUUAUUUUAAUGGCGGUGAUGGUGACGCUUAGUCCGCCGUCGGAGGGUUCACUUCUGCCGUUUGUGGAUCGACCGGCGAGCCUUUGGUCGGAUAUCUUGCAAGAUAGGUUACCUGAUCCGUUCAAAAUCCUGGAACGAGUCCCUUUCGAGCUGGAGAAGGAUGAUAUGGUCGUCUCUCCUGCUAGAGUUGACUGGAAAGAAACUCCCGAAGCACAUUUCAUCAUGCUCGACGUCCCUGGGCUGAAGAGAGAGGAACUGAAGAUAGAAGUGGCCGAGAACAGAGUGCUGCGGGUGAGCGGGGAGAGGAAAAAGGAAGAGGAAAAGAAAGGGGAUCAAUGGCACCGUGUGGAGAGGUCCUAUGGCAAGUUCUGGAGGCAAUUUCGUUUGCCUGAAAACCUGGAUUUAGACUCCAUUAAAGCAAACCUCGAUAAUGGCGUUCUCACCAUCUCCAUCGCUAAGCUGUCUCCGGAAAAGAUCAAGGGUCCCAGAGUCGUCAGCAUUGCAGAUGGGGAAGAACACCACCACCAUGCCAAAAAUUUCGAAAUCGAGAAAGAAAAGAAGCAAGAACUUUGACUUCGUUUCCAUCA